AUGACCCUACCCUUCUCUGACCGUAAGUCCCGGCGAAGCCCCAAAGCCCACCACCUUCAAUCCAUUUCCUUGAAACAUGACGCCUCUGAAGGCGGCUUCGACGGCUCCUCCUUCUCUGGCGCGGUGUUCAACCUCUCCACCACCAUUGCCGGCGCUGGCAUCAUGGCUCUUCCGGCAGCCAUCAAGCAGCUGGGGCUGAUUCCAGGUUUAGUCAUGAUUGUUCUGUGUGCCAUGCUAACAGAAUCCUCCGUCGCCAUGCUCGUGAGGUUCACUCGCGCGUCCAAGUCCUCAACGUAUUCCGGGGUUGUGCGUGACGCGUUUGGUGGCCUUGGUCGGAACCUCUUGUUCCUUUGCAUCAUCGUAAACAAUGCUGGCAUCCUCGUUGUGUACAUGGUCAUCAUCGGUGAUGUGUUCUCAGGAUCAUGGUCAGAUGGGGUGCACUAUUCAGGGGUUGUGGAAGAAUGGUUUGGUCAACGCUGGUGGUCAACGCGUGCUGUUUUAUUGUUUCUCAUAACGCUUCUGGUCUUGGUGCCUCUUGCGUCAUUCCGGCGUGUGGAUUCACUGAGAUACACCUCAGCAUUAUCUGUGGGGUUGGCUAUUGUAUUUGUGGUGAUAACAGCAGGCAUAGCAAUUGUAAAGUUUAUCGAUGGAAGCAUUGAGAUGCCUCGAUUAAUGCCAAAGUUCACUGGCCCUGAGUCGUUUUGGAAGCUUUUCACCACUAUUCCUAUAUUAGUCUCUGCUUACAACUGUCAUCAUAAUGUUCACCCUAUAGAGAAUGAACUUAAAGAUCCUUCCCAAAUGAAGGCCAUAGUCCGGACAUCACUCUUACUAUGCUCAUCUGUGUACGUAGCAACCGGCCUUUUUGGUUUUCUCUUAUUCGGAGACAAAACAUUGGAUGAUAUACUAGCCAACUUUGAUGGAGAUCUGGGAGUUCCUUAUGGUUUAUUUCUUACUGAUAUAGUUAGAGUGAGCUAUGGCAUUCACCUUAUCCUUGUGUUCCCAAUUGUGUUUUUCUCCCUUCGCCUCAAUCUAGAUGGUCUUUUGUUUCCUCAUUCCAUUCCUCUUGCCUAUGACACCAAGAGAUUCUAUCUGGUGAGCUCAGUUCUCAUGGCUUUCAUUUUUGUUGGAGCCAAUUUUGUUCCCAGCAUCUGGGAUGCCUUCCAAUUCAUAGGGGCCACUGCUGCUGUUUCUGCUGGAUACAUCUUUCCAGCUGCUAUUGCUCUUAGGGAUAGUCGUGGGGUUGCAACAAAGAAAGACAAGUUGUUGUCAUGGUUUAUGAUACUUUUGGCUGUCUCAAGUAGCAGUGUAGCCAUCUUCAGUGACUUGUAUAGUGUCUACUACAGAAGUAGCUGA